CAACCGGAUCGUAGCUCCGCGCCAUAGGAGUUCGCUCUUUCUUUCGUUCUUUCUUUUUUUCUCUGCGAUUCUUAACGUGGGGGUUCAUGUGAACAGUGAUGUCGAUUGGCAGACCAAAAAUUUCAGUAGCUACAUUUUCCCUUUGGCCGUUUUCUAAACUUUUGGGCUUCGUCAAACUGAUGGUGGAGAGUGCCUACCAGGUCCUAGGGCUUCAGCGCGACUGCUCCAAUGCCGACAUCAAGAAGGCGUUCCAGCAGCUGGCCAAGGCGACGCAUCCGGAUUUGCAAGGCGCUGGCGGCGGGGGAGACAGCGCUGCCCGCUUCAUCCGCGUUCUAGCUGCGUACCAGAUCUUGUCCGACCCACAUAAGCGUUCCAUCUAUGACAGCGAGUUUUUUUCAUCGUUUGGAUCAGUGUCAUCACCAUCGUCUUCAUCCCAAGCACCGCCCUCGAGAAAAGCAAAGCCGUCUAGAAACUGGGAGAGCUCCAACUGUGGCUUUUCCUACGCAGACGCUGCUGAUGACUCGGAGGUGGUGGAAUGGUUGAGGAAGUACCGAUCCAAAGUUACCAGGAUUGUCCAUCAAAGGUCGGAGCUGGGACACACCACCAACCUCUACCAGGCAUUCCUCACGGACUUGGCGGCAGCGCUGAAGAACAUCUACCAUGGCCCAGAGUGUCGAGGUCUCCGCGGGAUACCGGAUGCUUUCGAGGCCGAGGAAAGGGCCAGCACUCUCGUCGGUGACAUACUCCAGCUCGUUUACGGCCGGUUUCUCUUCGCCACCGUCUCGGUGUCGCGGGUCCAGCUUAAAAACUUCCCCAGGGAGAGACAAGCGUGGGACGACGAGCAAAAGCUAUGGCGGAUGGUUGACGCAGCAGCUUAUGACAAGCUAGAGCUCAAGAUCAACGGAAGAGUCGCAGCUUACGCGCUAAGAAGGCCCUUGUACGCUGGAGACAUCCGGGAAGAGCCUUUUAUCGUCGACUCUAUCUCGGUUUACUCGGACGAUGACGCCGGUGCUGGCGAGCUCCUGGGAAGAAUACAGGGACUGGCCGCCAUGGACGCGGGGCUCCAAGGCGUUGUUUUCGACGGAGAGGGCGUCGUUACUCACACUGUUUUACAGCACAGGACACCCAUGGUGAGGCAUCUUCACUGGUAUAGAAUUGGAGACGAGAGAAUGCACUGUGAUUGCCGGUGUAGGCGAGCGUGGCUGUUGCCUAGCAGAUACUGGUUGUUCCAGCCCAGAUCACUCACUCACAACAUCGGCGGCUGGUACAUCGAGACGUUUAAGCCCAAGAGGAAAAUCCCUUCGCCUUCGAAAUUAAACCCCGCGAUCUUCAUCCUAGCAGCAGCAUACAAGACCUUGGAUCGAGAGUCCACGAAGAAACGCAGCCUCGCGGCGUCGCUCAAGCACUCGGCCUUGAGAGCGUGGAAGCUACUAAACCGGAGAUUGAGAUGAUGAGUCGUCUAUGGCGUGAUUUUAGGAAUGGAAUCGAACCCAUGACCGUUGUGUA